GUUUUGCUGCAGUUAUAUGCAGUCCCUAUCCUGUGAUAACAAGAGACCAAGACCGCCAUGGACUCACCUGUAGGGUCAGUACCUGAGGAGGACUCUGAUAUGGUUUGCCUGCAGGCCUUACGGACUCUCCUCCCCGCUACGGCCCGGAGUUUAAUCCGGCACAACAAAAUCGCCACCCGCAACACCUCGGGCAUGUCCGCUGGCUAUAAUCAAGCCAAUGUGGUAAUCCUGCACAGAUCACUGGCUGAUGAUUUUGAAAAGUUCUGUCGAGCCAACAGUGGCCCCCUUCCUCUGUUAUAUCGCAGUGCCCCAGGUGAAUGGAAGUGUCCACCACUGAGCACAGAGUCAGAUAUACGGACGGACUGCCUCCUGUAUCAGAGAUAUGAAAAUGGCACCUUCGCGGGAAGUCUCGCCAGCCUUGAGAACUACUCAGAGCAGUUGAAGGACAUGGUGACGUUUUAUCUGGGCUGCAGCUUCUCUUUCGAAAGCGCCAUGCAAAAACUCGGGGUACCUGUGAGGAAUGUAGAGCAGGGGCGUAAUGUGAGCAUGUACAAGACAGCCAUCCCCUGCCACGAGGUGGGCAACUUCUCCUGCAAUCUAGUGGUCACCAUGCGGCCGAUUCCUCAGGCCAAAUUGGAUACAGCAGCGAUAGCAACGCAUCCUAUGAAACAGUAUCAUGGGGCCCCUAUCCAUAUCGGCUCCCCAGAUCUCCUGGGUAUAAAGGAUCUUCAGAAAACAGAUUAUGGUGAUCCAGUAGAGGCUCAGCCUGAGGAUGUCCCCGUCUUCUGGGCUUGCGGUGUCACUGGUGUGGAAGCGGUCAUAAGCUGCAAAUCUCCCCUGGCAUUCACACAUUCUCCUGGCUGCAUGUUCAUCACAGACAUAAAGAAUGAGGAGGCACCAGAGUCCGACUCCGUCCAGACCCCCCUGGUCGUCCAGAUCUCCUCUGAUCCCCUACAGUACAGCCUGGUGUCACAGCGGGCAGCAGACAAGAUCCGAGCGCUGGAGAAAAUCAUUGGAGUGGAUCCAGGUGACCGGGGAAUAAAGAACCUUCUUGUCCGGGAUGAGCUCCUGAAGUCUUGUUUGUCUCUAUCUCAUGCCAAAUCCAUCCUCAUAACCACCGGCUUCCCCACCCACUUCCAGCACCAGCCUCCAGAGGAGAACGACGGACCACCCGGGGCAAUCGCAAUGGCGGCCAUGCUGCAGGCUCUGGGGAAGAAGGUUGCCAUCGUAACAGAUGAGCGUGCCAUUGAUUUGAACAGGAGCAUCAUAGAGAAGGCCGUAGAGCAAGGAGUGCUGAAAACGCCUGUGCCUUUGUUAUCUUACAAGGCGGAUGCUCCAGAUAGCGCUUUAAAAUUCCUGUGUGGGAGUGAAGAUCCGGCCUUGCCCAGGUUUGACCACUUGGUCGCCAUAGAACGUGCUGGACGGGCCAAGGAUGGUAAUUAUUACAACGCCAGGAAAAUAAACAUCAAACACUUGGUGGAUCCCAUCGACGACUUAUUUGAGGCUGCACAGAAUAUCCGCGGUAUAUCGACGACCGGUAUCGGCGAUGGCGGGAAUGAACUUGGUACCGGCAAGGUGAAGGAACUGGUGAAGAAGCAUAUCCCAAAUGGUGACACCAUAGCCUGCGACGUUGCUGCUGACUUUGUAGUUAUCGCUGGUGUGUCUAACUGGGGAGGUUAUGCCGUAUCCUGCGCCUUGUAUCUCUUGAAUACCUGUGAGAUUCAUGAGCGAUACCUGAGAAGAGCCGUUGGAUUCCCCAGGUUGUCAGAGAGAGAGAGCUGGGUGUCCUCCCUGCCUUCUGUCAGUAAGGAGGAGAAGCUGCUGGAGAUAUUAAUCCAACAUGGAGUCCGCAGCGGAAAGACGGCAAGCUUGGCCAUGGAGGUUGAUGCGCUUCCAUUCUUCAACACCCAUUCUGACAUGAUCAAGAGUCUUCUGGAUGUUACAUUGUAACCCGCAGGAGUGUCAGCAGGCCACACUCGCCUGCCCCGCACACCUUAUAUACUGGGGCCCGGUGUCUCUGUACUGUCACCAGGCCACACCCACCUGCACCGCACACCUUAUACCGGGGUCCGGUGUCUCUGUACUGUCACCAGGUCAGACCCACCUGCACCGCACACCUUAUACCGGGGCCCAGUGUCUCUGUACUGUCACCAGGCCACACCCACCUGCACCGCACACCUUAUACCGGGGUCCGGUGUCUCUGUACUGUCACCAGGCCACACCCACCUGCCCCGCACACCUUAUACCGGGGUCCGGUGUCUCUGUACUGUCACCAGGUCACACCCACCUGCACCGCACACCUUAUACCGGGGUCCGGUGUCUCUGUACUGUCA